GGGUAUUUCAACUUUAACCUUUGAUCCCUGGUCAAACAUGGUUACUUUCAGCCAUCUUGGGGCGAAACACUUCUGAUUUUGCCUUUCGGAAGCGACUUAAACGCAAUUUAGCGUCACAGUCGGUAUCUGAUAUCGCAAAACUAACAGGGAUGGAACAGCCUAGCUGUGUGUUUCCUGUUGGACUGCCCAUCAGAUAUCAUGGCGAAGAGGAAAGUGACAGAACAGGACAAGAACGGAUAGCGGCAAAACAGCAGGAAGAGAAAACUAGCAGUGUGGCCUCUAUCCCGCCUGACAAAGAAGCCUGGUCACAUGCAUCUGUACAGGCGCCUACAGAACAGCUGUACAUGUAUCAGGGUGCAACCAAAAGUACCAUGGAUGCACCAUGUGUAUGUCAGCACUGUGGGUACAGGACAUAUAAAAACUCUCGGCUAUCUGAACACAUGAGAAAGCAUACUCAUGAGAAACCUUACAAGUGUGAUAGGUGUGAAUUUUGUACACAUUGGAAGAAGAACCUUACACAACACAUGGCUAGGCAUAAUGGUGAGAAACCCUACAUGUGUGGGGAGUGUGGGUACAGGACGGUCGAUGGCUCUAGCCUACGCAGACACAUGAGAAAACACACAGGAGAAAAACCGUACUUGUGUGGAGAGUGUGGAUUUAUGACAGCAGACAGUUCCAGUUUAUCUGCUCAUGCAAAACAGCAUACUGGUGAAAAACCUUUUAAGUGCCCCCAAUGUGACUAUUCUGCAUUACUAAAAAGCCAUUUAGAUCGACACAUGCUUAAACACACGGGUGAGAAACCCUACAUGUGUGGGGAGUGCGGGUACAGGUUUAGUGACAGGUCUAGCCUGGCUAGGCACAUGAAAAGACAUACAGGUGAACAGCCCCACAAAUGUAGCCUGUGUGAUUAUUCUGCCAUUCAGAAAUGCAAUCUGGACAAACAUAUGGUGAAACACAUUGGUGAGAAAUCAGUUUAUGAAUGGCCAAAUGACCAACCUCUCACAAUAUAGAGGAGAAUGUUCUUCAUUCACAUCCUUGUAGUGCCUAGUGGCACAUAGGGUAGCAAGUUUCCUUGCUGUUUCAGUGGAUGCGUAUUUUUACAGGAAGGGGUUGCUAGGUUACCCAUUUAAUGUGCUCCAGGACCUCAUCUUAGAGGCCUUAUAACGGAUCAAACCAAAGUCUUCCAGUUACCAAUUGGAGCCAGGAGAUCAACAGUGAGGCCCUUAUGUUGUAAAUUUAUAGUUUUGAACGUGCCCAGUGUUCCUGAUGAAUUGAGGACUAACACAUGGUACAACACAUGAAGGAGAAACCUUGAUGUCCCUCAUGGAACCUUCUUCAGUGGAACGUAGAGAAACAGUAGGCGAAUGUGAAGGUUGGGUACUUGUAGAAAUACAAUUGACCUAACUUUUUACAGAAACAGAGCAGCUUUUACUGGUAAGCUAGUGCAAUAUAUUAAAGAUACAAGAAUAUAAAUCAGUAAAAGUUUGCUGUCGUGACACGGACAUUUAUUGUUUUUGUGUAUUAUUUCCAGCAUGAUGCUGUAUUACUAUUGUAGAAUACUGAGAUGAAAUAUUUGCACAUAAGACGCCCUAUAGUUAUGUAUUAGUGACUUAUUGCUGUGACCAACAAUCGUGAAAGUACAUUGUAUGCACUUACUGGGCUAAACCUGUAGUUUGGAUAAGCCAUAAGCAUAAUAUUUGAUGCAAUGUGCAUAUUGUAUAUAUUUAUUUCUUGCAAAUUAAAUAGCUUUGCACACGAGGGGUAACCCAGAGUGCCAGGAAUU